UUUGCCACCACAUAUGCUAAGAAUGCCAAACAAGUUAUAACACCAAACUACUAAUAUAAGAACAUUGCUACUAUAACAAGCUCAACUUCCUACAAUACAGCAUACACCUUCAUAGUUAGAACAGGAAAGAGCAGAAGAGAAAGAUAAACAAUGGCAGACUGGGGGCCGGUCGUGAUCGCGCUCGUGCUGUUCAUACUGCUGUCGCCAGGGUUGCUGUGCCAGAUUCCGGGGCGGGGAAGAGUAGUGGAGUUUGCCAACAUGCAGACGAGCGGUGUUUCUAUAUUGGUUCAUGCCAUAAUCUAUUUUGGUCUCAUUACUAUCUUCCUUAUUGCUAUUGGUGUUCACAUAUUCUCUGGCUAAAUAAACUUACAUGAUCAUCCUACUUUUCUGUCAGAAAUUUGACAUUUUUUUGUUGUUCAUACUUCAAUUGUUGUUAAAAUGUAAGUUUGCCAAUUUUCUAUGUGUGUGUAAUAUACUGGUUAAGUACACUUUGUCAUAUAAGUAUGAAGUUUUUGCAUCCUA